AUGGCAAUCUUUGCAGUCGGUGCAUUUACUAUAAUCAUCGCAAUUAUCCGUCUUGCUGUUAUCUCGAGCGAAGUAUUGGAAUACGGCCCAACUUUGCCAGACGUCACUUAUCCUGCCGUAGGCUGCUUUGUGGCAUGUAUGCCGACCUAUUCACCACUUGUCAAGCCUCUGAGACAUGUUCAGGAUUACGUGAGUCUAGUGAGCGUAUCUUGGACUCGUUCAUCUAAUGCUAGCUGGAAAGGAACAAACAAAAUCGAAGAUAGCAAUGCGGAUAACUUCUAUCUUGCAAAUUACAAACCGGCUGGCACAAGAGAAGUAACAGUGGCCAGGAAAUCCUCAAGCAUCAACUCUCGACAAGAACUCCAUCUUGUUCCUGGAACCGUAACAGUGAAGAAUGAUUUCACUCGGGAAGACCAUAGGGAGGAUAGCUGGUGA